CCUCAGUCAGCGUGCGAAGCGCUGACGGUGUAAGGACCCUAUAGUUGCCCCCGGAUGUGCCUGUUGUACACAGCACCGCUGAUUCCGCAUGCCGUGAGCGGCUCCCCGCAGCGGGCAAUACCUCCUCAGUGUCACCGACGCUGUGGUAUUCGUGAGACGAUCUCCGUGUAUCCGGCAUAGCCGCGGACACCGCAGGCAGCAGGACCCCUGGGAGGACGCAGCAGUCAUGCCGCCGGGUUCCCCUUCUCCGGUAGGGACGGGCCGCUCAGGCAGAUGGUGGCGGAGGAGCCGGAGCUCGGAGCGGUCCAGCAGCUCGGACUCCGGGGGGGAGAAGUCUCGUGAUUGGAAACGUUUCAACAGCAAAGAACGAAAUCCGUGCCGGCACCGUUCCAGCAGUCCGGAGAACCCCUGGCAGCGGAAGCACCGGGCCCGUUCCGGCAGUCGGGAGAGCCCCGGGCCGAGGGGGCACCGGAACCGUUCCGGCAGUAAGGAGAGCCCCGGGCCGAGGGAGCAACGGAACCGUUCCGGCAGUAAGGAGAGCCCCGGGCCGCGGAGACACCAGCCUCGUUCCAGCAGUCCAGAGAGCCCUGGGCAGAGGAGGCACAGGGCCCGUGCCGGCAGUAAAGAGCGUCUCGGGCCGAGGGGGCAUCGGAACCGUUCCGGCAGUAAGGAGAGCCCUGGGCCGAGGGGGCACCGCAACCGUUCCGGCAGUACAGAGAGCCCCGGGCCGAGGGGGCACCGCAACCGUUCCGACAGUAAGGAGAGCCCCGGGCCGAGGGGGCACCGCAACCGUUCCGGCAGUAAGGAGAGCCCCGGGCCGAGGGGGCACCGCAACCGUUCCGGCAGUAAGGAGAGCCCCGGGCCGAGGGGGCACCGCAACCGUUCCGGCAGUAAGGAGAGCCCCGGGCCGAGGGGGCACCGCAACCGUUCCGGCAGUAAGGAGAGCCCCGGGCCGAGGGGGCACCGCAACCGUUCUGGUAGUGAGGAGAGCCCCGUGCCGAAGGGGCACCGCAACCGCUCCAGCAGUGAGGAGAGCCCCGGGCCGAGGAGGCACCGCAACCGUUCCAGCAGUCCAGAGAGCCCUGGGCAGAGGAGGCACCGGGCCUGUUCCGGCAGUAGGGAGCACCCCGGGCAGAGGAGGCACAAGAACCGUUCUGGCAGUCCUGAUAGCCCUGGGACGGGAAAGCAGCAAGUCCCUUCCAGUGGUCAGGACCACACAGAGAAAAGUAGGCACCAGGUCAGUUCCAGUAGUAAAGCGAGUAACGGGAAAACGAGGCAGCGGGCCCGUUCCAACAGUAAGGAGAACACAGAUAGAAGAAGGUACCGGGCGCGUUCCAGCAGCCAGGAGAACACAGACAAAAGAAGGCAUCGGGCCCGUUCCAGCAGUCAAGAGAACACUGACGGAAGGCGGCAUCGAGCCCGUUCCACCAGUCAAAAAGAUUCAGGAAGAAAAAAGAAAGGGCACAGAAAAUCCAGAUCAAAAUCGGGUGAAAGAAGAAAAUCUCGUAAAGGCAGAGACGAGAAGCGACAAACGAACGACCGGUCGUCGUCCGAAUCAGGCAAAGAAGCCAGUGGCAAAGCGAGAACCCGAGAGAGGAGAAAGUCAAGAUCAAGGUGUUCGGUGUCAUCUGUCUCAUCGUUAUCCCCAGCCAGGUCACAGAGCCCAGAAAAUGGGUCUGACGGUGGCCUCAGCCUGCAGGAGCUCUUACAACAGAAAGAGGAAAAGAAGAAACAAAUGGAGAUGAUGAAGGCUAUGGAGACGCCGGAGGAUAAGAGAGCUAGGCGCUUAGCCAAGAAAGAAGCCAAAGAGAGGAAGAAGAGAGAGAAAAUGGGCUGGGGAGAGGAGUACAUGGGAUAUACCAAUACGGACAACCCAUUUGGAGAUAACAACUUGCUCGGCACAUUCAUCUGGGGCAAGGCACUGGAGAAGAAAGGAAUUGGCCAUCUUACAGAGAAGGAUCUGAAAGACCGGAACAAACACAUCCAGGAGGAUAACCGCUUGGAACUGCAGAAGGUGAAACAGCUCCGUCUGGAGCGCGAGAGAGAGAAGGCCAUGAGAGAGCAGGAGCUGGAGAUGCUGCAGCGAGAGAAGGAGGCGGAGCACUUUAAGACGUGGGAGGAGCAAGAAGAUAACUUUCACCUUCAUCAGGCAAAACUUAGGUCCAAAAUCCGCAUAAGGGAUGGUCGUGCUAAACCCAUAGAUCUGCUGGCAAAGUACAUCAGUGCAGAAGAUGACGACUUGGCUGUGGAAAUGCACGAACCUUACACCUUUUUAACUGGACUCACGGUGUCUGAUCUGGAUGAUUUGCUGGAAGACAUCCAGAUCUACAUGGAGCUGGAGCAGGGGAAGAACGUUGAUUUCUGGAGGGACAUGACAACGAUCACGGAGGAUGAAAUUUCUAAGCUGCGCAAGCUGGAAACCUCUGGGAAGGGUCCAGGGGAGAGACGAGAAGGGGUGAAUGCCUCUGUCAGCACAGAUGUCCAGUCUGUGUUUAAAGGAAAGACCUACAGCCAACUACAGGUCAUAUCUCAAGGGAUUGAGAGCAGGAUCAGGGCAGGAGGACCCAACUUGGAUAUUGGGUACUGGGAGAGCCUCCUCCAGCAGCUGCGUGCUUACAUGGCACGAGCCAGGCUGAGAGAGAGGCACCAGGAUGUUUUACGCCAGAAGCUGUUCAAGCUGAAGCAAGAGCAGGGGGUGGAGAGUGAGCCCCUGUUCCCUAUAAUGAAGCAGGAGCCGGAUUCCCCCAAUGACAGGCCAGUUAGAGAUGAGCCGGCGUCAGGGGAGCCCGGCCCAUCGACCUCUGCCACUGAGCCUGGCGAAGGUGGCAGUGCCCCAGACGGAGAGGCAAAGGAUGGGGGUGGCGAGUCUGUGCUGAUGGAAGAAGACCUCAUACAGCAAAGCCUUAAUGACUACGACGCCGGCAGAUACAGCCCCAAGCUGCUCACCAAUCAGGAGCUGCCUUUCGACGCUCACGUCGUUGACUUUGAAGAAGACCAGCAGAGGCUUGUACUGUGCAGACAGCAGCUGCAAGUGACCGGAGAUGCCAGUGAGAGCCCGGAAGACAUCUUUAUUCGGAAGGCCAAGGAAGGAAUGGAUGGGGAUGAAGCUCAGUUCAGCGUGGAGAUUCCCGUCGCCAGCAAAGCUUACCUGUGGGCAGACAAGUACCGGCCCCGAAAACCUCGCUUCUUCAACCGUGUCCACACCGGCUUUGAGUGGAACAAGUACAACCAGACCCAUUACGACUUUGACAAUCCUCCUCCAAAAAUUGUGCAGGGCUACAAGUUCAACAUUUUCUACCCAGACUUAAUUAAUAAACGGUCCACUCCCGAGUACUUUCUCGAGGCUUGCCAGGACAAUAAGGACUUCGCAAUCCUGCGAUUUCAUGCAGGGCCUCCCUACGAAGACAUUGCCUUCAAAAUCGUGAAUCGCGAGUGGGAGUAUUCUCAUAGACACGGCUUCCGCUGCCAGUUCUCCAAUGGGAUCUUUCAGUUGUGGUUCCACUUUAAGCGGUAUCGCUACAGAAGAUGACUGAUGAUGACAUGGACGAGACCAAAUGAAAUAUAUAUUUUUUGGGCAUUUGUAAUAUUGUUCCCAGGGGGUGAAGAGCCUCAAUUUGGAGACUUUGGGUUCCUUGGUUAAUAUUUAAAAGAAAAACUUUUUUUGCUUUUGUUUCUCCUGUUUACCGACUGUUUUUAUCCUUGUUUAUUUGUAAAAACAAAAAAAACAAAAACAAAGACUUCUUGAUGCAUCUUGA